CACCGGUCCAGCCUGCCGAUCGUAGAUUUCGCUGGAGUCUAUUUGUAGAUAUUGUAACAACAUGAGUUCACCCGCAUUUUCUAUGCUUUUACCCAUCUUCGGAUUCGUAGUGAUGUAACCAUCAUUCCCCUGUGUGAAUGACAUAAUCAUGGCCGACUCGUCCCUGGAAUCAAACUUCCUUGGCGAACAGCCUUCCGAAAUCAAUGUUGAUCCAUCCACCAAAUGCCAUGAUUCUGCACUUAUUGAGGCCGGCGAAAGUCACGACAAAACUGAUAUAUUUCAGGACGGUGACGCAACAACACCCGACGAUACAGGUUUGUCAAACCAGCUUACGGAAGAUUGGAAGGCGGACUCGGGCUUACUGGACAAUGGUGGUGUUGGGACGUUUUCGGAAGAAGCAGAUCUGAACAACGAGGUGGCUGCUGCAUUAGACAAACGAAGACAACCGUUAAUGGAACUCGUUAGUUCCGAAGAGGGAUACGUGCGUCGUCUUCGCAUGGUUAAGGAGUUUUAUAUACCUAUUGUUUCCAGUGCUCGAGCUCCCACCACUCCAUCCUCUGCGGAUGCUGCCACAUUACCCGGUGGAAACAGCUCAGUGAAUAAUUUGCCACUUCGCGAGUCCUCCACUACCUUGCCACCUCCACCCACUGUGCCGGAUGACCUGGCCGCCCGUUGGCGAAUACUCUGGGGAAAUUGGAUCCAAUUGUGCGACUGGCAUUCAGCGUUUCUAGAAAAGCUCUCCAGUUUUGUUACCUCCGAACCAGAUAAAAUACCCAAACUGUUCAUUGACUCGCGUUCACGACUUCGUUCGAUAUAUUCGAAAUAUUGUGAAAAUCAUCGUAAAGCAGCGCUCAUAGCUGAGCAGUACCGCGACUAUUUUGAGGAAUUACGAUUGUAUCUAAAUGACAAGGAAGAUGUCGUGUCUUAUCUCAUGCAACCAGUCCAACGCAUCAUGAGAUACCAGCUACCUAUGGCAGAGAUCGUCAAAUACACCCAGCGCGCUAGGGUUCCAGAGUUAACCUUAUGGAAAAGAGCCUUGGAUAUAAUGAAAGAAAUACCAAAAGAUACUCAGUUAAUCCUCGAGGCUGCACGCAUCGAUGGAUUCUCUGGAGUUAUCACGGCUUUAGGAAAUAUUCUCAUACGAGGUGAUUUGCUGGUGGCUUCCACGUCUCGUGAACAACUUCUGGAAACAGUGGCAGGUUACAAAGUUGCUCUUCAGGAAUAUGCAAAUGCUAUUGGCUAUCCUGCUCCCAACCCAACCAGCUCCAAACAAACCCCUCCUUCAUCAAAUAUAUCGACUCCGUCUAAUCCAUCGGCUCCUGCAGAUCAUUCCGUGCCUGUUUCAGUUCUUUCUCAUCAAACGAGUUCAACCAUUUCGCCUCACUCUGGUGAACCUGUGGUUAUCUCCGAACCAGCUGGUCUGUAUACGGGCAACUUGAAGUUUGUUGAAUGCCGUCUUUUUCUGUUUGAACAAAUGUUGGUCGUUACGGAGGAGGUCAAGCCCAAGCGACGUGUCACGUCUGAUGCCUUUGCCCAGUCCACUUACCAAUUCCGUGCGGCUAUUAACGUUAAUAAAAUGCGUUAUGAAUCUCAUUGGUACAACUGCAGUCUUCCGAAUGGCCACACAAAUGCAGACGCAGCUGCGGUGGAUCACUUACUAUCCACCGGUUUCGCUCCAGACGAUCUCCGGUUUGCUGUUCUUGACCAGACUCCCGGGCGUGGUGCAGUUUACGUCAUCGACCCGAUUACCAGUGCCAACCGGCAGGCCUGGGUUGUACAGCUCCGUGACAUCCAGCGAAUGCAGCAAGAAUUCCUACUGGCGCUCCAGGAUCCACGAAGAUUUAACACGGGUAAUCGCGAUGAUAACUGGGGUGUAGAUUUAGACACCUCGGAUGGGCAUUCUUCGCGUCACGAGCCCCAGCCUCCUGUGGUUUCCGUUCACAACGAUCAACCCGCCGCUGUCGCACAAUCACAACCUCAAAGGCAGCGCAAAUGGCCCAGCUUUACAGUUAAACGUCCUGCUCGCAUAGGUUCGACCUCAUCACCAAGUGCUGGACCAAAAGAUGCCAGCAGCCCUAUUACUAAGCCCACUGGUUCGUCUAUGCCUGAGUCGUCAAAUGAUAGAACGGCUAGUUUGGCUCGCUCGUUGUCGGCUGAACGCAGGACGUUCGUCCGAACUAAAUUAGACAUGGGAACUAGUGUAUCAGAUUCCAAGUUCUUAGACAAUCCAGACUCUUCUACAACGGAGUACCGAAAAUCCUCUUUGAGUGCGAGCAGUUCGAUCAAGAUCUCACACGAAAUCCGAUUCCCCGAUAGCUCGGAUGCCACCGGAACUGAAUCGAAAGCCACUGGUGUCGGUAAAAAACGCAACGUGUUCGCCAAUCUUUUUGGUCGAAACAAGUCCAAACAUCGGGGCAAACACUCGCAUUCACAUACACACCCUCCUACUCCUGGAUCAGCAACAUCCGCGACAGCGGCAUCCCUCGGUGCUCCGGAACAUGAGGAUGAAGAGAGUAAUGUAACUAGUCCUGCUCCAGUUAAUCCGACCUCUGAUAUCGGCACCACUGAGGAGACGAUGCCCAUCACUUCCUCCACAAAAUUUGAUUGCAGUGAAGAAUAGUCAGAGUAAUCACGUACCACCACUACUAAUCAGCUUCCGGUUUACCCCCCCCCACCCUACAUCCUUCCUAAUCUAUUAUCUCCACGACAGGGUCUUGCGCUUCAGAUCAGCUAAGGUUGAAGGGCACAACGAUCUCUUCAAACAUUGUGAUGCACCUCAUCUUUUCAUCCCGAUUUUAUCCUGUGCUGGUCUCUUUCGAACACUACACGUAUACUUUCAACGUCUCCCAAUAGUACAAGCUUUCAGAUCUCAUUCAAUCCUUGAUGUUUUCGUUGGGUACCACUGUUCUUACCACUAGUUUUGUUCUCAGACAUCUUCACAUCGUUGCCCACUCACUCAGCAGUGCAAUCUGAUUUCGAGACUGAAAUUUGCGACUUGUGUUUACCAUUGUGAUUUGUCUUGUUUUCACGGGUGUAUAUCUGUUGAGAGAAAACGCCGUUAGAGAUAACUUUAAUUGCUCCUAUUCCUUAUUGAUUUCCAUGCAUUUUUCCUACCCAGUUGUGUGUGUGUGUAGAUCACGUUUCUCUUGUUACGUUUCUGGCUUCACUUGAGACAAUACGUCAUCCAAAUCUUACUGGACUACCUCUUUUUGGCACUUGCAGUGUACUAUCGCGACAUCUUUUGAAAGACACGGCAUACAUCCUCCUCUUACUUGUUACUUAAAGUUGACAUGACAGUCCUCACAUUGUUGCGAGCUGCCUGAACAGUUUAUGCGGACCGAAGUCAGUUCUGUUCAUCCCAGUGGCGCUCCACGGCCUCGUAUGUUCUUUGUGCAAUGUGCUCACUCACUCACAUCCAUCCACCUACCCACUCACUCACUUUAUCCAACACCUACUCACUAUCUCAAGGCUGUGUGCCUGCUCAAUGUGGCUUUCAAGAUUCGUAUUUUAGAGUAUACCUGGUAGAUCUCCCACCCUAUCCGAGACAAUGUUUCUCUUGGCAUUUAGAUCUAUUCGGACUAGUCAAACAUCAAACGCAGUUUCAUUUUUCUCUAAAUCCUUUGCACAUUGUUGGCGUAUUUUGCCGUUUCAUCGACGGCCAUUGCGGACACUACGCUCGUGUAUUGUUGUCCUUGUUUGGUCAGCAGCCAGUGGCAUUUCUAGCAACGUUGAAUGACGUUUGUUAUGCGAAUCAUGUCGAUAUUGUUGGCUACCUGUGACAGUGAUGCGUUGUUUUGUAUUCUUCAUUCCUUCACUUUCCAAGCGGCCGUUUAUCCGUGUGAUGAUGGCGUCAUUUUCUAUUAUUAUAUGUGGUGUUCCAUCUGCACUCCCACCCUCCGUAACUGACCCUCCAUGUAACUCGUCUGGACCUGAGAACAAAGCCACUUUUUC